AUGGAAACAGGGCCAGCAACUGAACUCCUCAGUCUCCCAUGGUCAGGCCCAGACUUGUCAUGCCCAAUCCUCCGUCUGCCCAACGAAAUGACCGGCCACAUCUUCGAACAAUACCUUCCGGAAUAUCCUCUUGCUCCUACUCCCGCUGGCGACGGCUCCCCGACGCUUUUGGGUCACGUGUGUCGCCACUGGCGUGCCAUUGCACUUUCGAUGCCCACUCUGUGGCGAGCAAUACCGAUACGGGACGGUGAUUCAAAAUCGAGUUGGAUACCCAUAUGGCUUAAGCGCGCGGGGAAAAUGAACAUCUCCUUCCAAGCACAAGAGGUUGACUUCGAUUAUUGCACAAUACACAAAUCAGUCAUGGAGCAACUCAUCCAAGAGCGGGGUCGAGUGGAACACCUCUACUUUUUAUUCGAAACUCGCAGCCAACUCGAAGCCCUGAUGCGGAAUCCAUUUCCUGCUCUACUCUCCCUAGAGCUGCGAUCAUUUGUGCCAAUCAGAGGCCACGAAAAUCUCUCUCAUCUUCAUGCACCGCUACUCCGUUCGACGAUUUUAUGGGAUGAACCACACUUCGCUUCUGCAUCUUUCCUCGUGGCUGUCCCGUGGCAUCAGCUGACGGUACUGGCGCUGGUAUGUAGGCCACUGAAAGAUUGCACACCUAUCCUCCAAAAAACGCCAAACCUUGUUUACUGCGAGCUAUCUUUGAUAUCCGGUCUCUGGGAAGAUUCAGAGCAUGCCAAUGACUCCGAUAUUCAUCUGCCGCAUCUUCAACACCUCAUUCUGACUGUCUUUCGAUCUGACCAUUUCCCAUUAUGUAAUUUUCUCGGCUCUUUCGUGACUCCAUCUCUUCGCCAAUUGAAAGUCGCACAAGACUUCCUUGAACCCGAUGCAGUUAGCACAAUAAACUCUUUCAUCGACAAGUCGGGUUGCAAGCUUGACGAACUUUGCAUUCUCGGUUCGACUAGCACUUCAUCAGAACAGGAAAAGAACCCUUGGUCCCAAUCUAUACAAAGCGUCACCUUGGAUUCGCGCAAUCAUUCCUCAGGCUGGACUGAUGAUGCAAUUGCAGACGGGCCACGGCGAUUGGUCAUAUCUCGGGGUUGGUUUUGA